AGUAAUCCUUCCUACUGUGGGCACGGGGGGAAAAGCACAUUAGCGCGAUGAUGUCCUGCAAGUCACGCAGAAACUACAUCAAGUUUGAGACUUUCCACGGAGUUUGUUAGGUGAAGGAGGCGCAUGACGGACGACGAGAGACUCCCGGCAGGAGUUUGUGGAAAGACGACAUGUGCUAGGAUGGCCUCUCGUCGCACUUGCACAUGUGCGGGAUGGCAGCGUUUCACCAUCACCUCCACCAUCUUCCACACCUGCGGAGGCUUUUCCACCGGCUCACCAUCGCGUCCUCGCUGAGCAUCGUGUGCUUCUCGCUGGUCUAUCUGCUCACCGGGGGCCGCCAGUCCGCUCUGGUGGGGAUCUCGGACGUCAAGCAGCCUCCUGCGGGCUUCUUCGCGCUGUACGAGAGGAACGGGAGCGGGGCUUCCAGGGAGGGCUCCGUCAUCGGCGCCACCGGCCAUGCCGGGCUGGAGGCGAACAUGUCGGGGAAGGAAUGGACCGCCAGCCGGAGGUUACCGCAUGCUCUGAUCAUCGGGGUGAAGAAAGGAGGAACCAGAGCUUUGCUGGAGUUUCUGAGGCUGCAUCCUGACAUCCGAGCUCUUGGGUCCGAACCUCACUUCUUUGACCGGCAUUACGCACGAGGACUGGACUGGUACCGGAGUAUGAUGCCCAAAGCGCUGGAUGGCCAGAUAGUAAUGGAGAAGACGCCUCGCUACUUUGUUACCGUGGAAACCCCUGCACGAGUUCAUGCGAUGUCACAAGACGUAAAGCUGAUUGUGGUUGUGCGGGACCCUGUGACCCGAGCGAUAUCAGACUACACGCAGAUCAUCUCAAAGACUCCAGACAUCCCUCCUUUCCAGAACCUCGCUUUCAAGAACCGCACAAUUGGUCAGAUUGAUGCUCAGUGGAGCCCUCUAUGGAUCGGCUUGUACGCCCAGCACCUGGAGCGCUGGCUGACCUGGUUCCCCCGGAGCCAGGUCCAUCUAGUAAGUGGGGAAAGGCUCAUCUCAGACCCCGCUGGGGAAGUGGGGAAAGUCCAGGACUUUCUGGGCCUCCAGAGGAUUAUCACAGACAAACACUUCUACUUCAACAAAACUAAAGGCUUCCCGUGUCUGAAGAAGCCAGAGGGGAGCAGUAAACCUCACUGCCUGGGAAAGACUAAAGGGAGGACGCACGCCUCCAUUGACCAAGAGUUGAUGCAGACAUUGAGGGAUUUUUACAAGCCGCACAACCAGCGCUUUUAUCAGAUGGCAGGACAGGAUUUCGGAUGGCAGUGAGGACAUCAAAUAUGAUUGUUACCAGAAACGUCUGUCAUUGUUUGAGAGACAUCAGUAAAGGACAUUGUCAAAAGGACUUGCUGGCCGAAGUAACCAAUUGGCUUUUCCACUAGCAAAUUAGAUACCACAAGGUAUUAUUUGUAGUGACUGGUUAGCCAACUACUGCUGGUUUAGCACAUGGUCAUUGUAGCAUGAAGAUACAUGACUAGAAAUGACAAACAACUAAGGUCGCUGUCUGUUAACACAGGACGCUUCAGUAUGACCCUGCAAAAUCACCACUUUGUUGGUUUGCCCAGUUUUUGUGGUUGCCGUAAUUCUCUUCUUAAAUGGCAUACAUCUCCUUACAUGGAGACACAUAGCCACAAGUGACCCACAUUCUCCUCUAGCGCCAUUUUUUGGUAAUGUGCCUGGUUCCAACUGAUGCAUUCAAGGCGAUAAGUAGAGCUGAACCAAUACGGAAUUUGAAAGGAGGUAUCAUACUUAGUUGUAACACUUACUGGAAGUCAAUAAAAUCGUACUGAAAUCGAUAACUGAAAAACAUUUGGUGGGUCAGAUGUCACUGAUGUUGGAUCUGACAGAGGGCCUGAUUUAUAAUCUACAGUCCACCCCAAAGGUUUGGUUGAGAUCAAUGGUAAAUGGUAAAUAGGUUAUACUUGUGUAGCGCUUUUCUACCUUCAAGGUACUCAAAGCGCUUUGACACUAUUUCUACAUUCACCCAUUCACACACACAUUUACACACUGAUGGCGGGAGCUGCCAUGCAAGGCAUUAACCACGACCCAUCAGGAGCAAGGGUGAAGUGUCUUGCUCAAGGACACAACAGAUGUGACUAGGUUGGUAGAAGCUGGGGAUUGAACCAGGUACCCUCAGGUUGCUGGCGCGGCCACUCUCCCAACCGCGCCGCGACGUCCCCAGGGAGAUAAGGGCUCGGUUUUGGUUCUUAUAUACCAAUGCCUUCCAACCAUGCCUAAACCAGUCAUGCGUAACAAAGAAGGGUCUUCCCCAAACCACAAAUAUGCACAAAAGCUUAUGAGCAUUUAACUGACCCUGGUAAGAUGGGGAAGUAAGAGAGUAAUUGAUUAAGGAAUCAGUCAAGUGUGACGGUUAGUGUUUGGUUCGAUCCCUGAUGGAGGAACAGUGGGGUCUUUAUUUGGUGCUCAGAUAAAAUAAGGCUAACAAAGAGUGACAGCGCAAGGGAUAAGUGCUGCCAAAUUACUGGGAAGUUAAAUCAAAGUUAAAGGCAAAAAGGAACAACAAAGAAUUUGCGGGAGGAAACACAAAACAACACAAAGUAUUUACUAUAGACAGUGGAAAAAAGUGAAUUUCAAAAGCAUGGUCCAUGACUGCUGCAACUCUCUCAGCGCUAUAGGAAGCAGAGUAACGGUGCAGUUAUUCUGCUUGUCACCGGAAAUCAGGACACCUGGGGAGGAAACGCCAGGCAGAACGUGUGGGAGAAAACGACGCAACAGAAAAAAGCCAGGAAACAGAAAUGUGGAAUGUUUAACGUGUUUCAAUUUUUUUUCUUCUAUAUUACCAUUUGUUUAUUUAUCGGUUCUUUAAAGACAAAAUGGUGCUUGUGGAAACAGCAACACUCAGGGCCUAAUCUACUAAAGGUUUGCAUGUAUUAAAAUAUGUGCAAACUUGAUAGCACAUGCAAAGCUGAUUUACUAAGCUUGUGCGCAAAGGAUUGCGUUUCCUAAAAUAACGAGUGCAAUUCAUUUAGCGUGUUAUGAAUAUGCAGAAUAUAUUCUGAUUGUUAGAACUCCCACAAUCCUGGGAGGAGUAGAUACAAAUAUGAUCAUUAAGCCCUUACAAUGUGAUUUAGCAAAGCUAAAACUGGUCGCUGUUUUACAUCUAUAUUUAGCACUUUUGAAAUGUGCCUGCUAACUGGCCCAGUUAUGCACAAAUGUCUGUUAAGAAAGGAGGCAAUCGCGCUGCAAAGACAGACUCUGUUAAAGGGGAACUGUGCUUUUUUGGGGAAUUUUGCCUAUCGUUCACAAUCAUUAUGAAAGACAUGAUGACAGAUAGAUGUUUUUGAAUGCAUUCUAAAUAUAAAAUAAAUUCAAUAAAUAGUCUGCUUACACUGCAGUCUAUAGAGCCCCUAAAAAAAUUCCAAACACCUCUAUUAAUAUUUUAUAUACACGAUUUAAGUAUAUAUGUAGUGUAAUAACGGACAUAUUUAUAAUAACAUUUAAUAUUUACGUAUUUUGAUCAUUUUAAGCAUAUGCGGCACAUUAAUUUAAAAAACGCAUCACAUUUGCAUAUUUCUUUUCUUCAUCACUGAUUUCUGCUCACUGCAGACUUUAUGAGAGCCAACAAACAUGAUAAAACAUCACUUACUGUACAAGGUCUGCUGUCAUUAGGAUGCUGACUGCUGGGAUGUUCAUAUUUACAUUUUCCUGAGGGAACUCUCCUGAAGGAAUCAAUAAAGUACUAUCUAUCCAUCUAUCUAUCUAUCUAUCUAUCUAUCUAUCUAUCUAUCUAUCUAUAUGUAUUCCCAUAUAGAUGAAGAAUGUCUCAUAACCUUCAAAAAGAAACGGGGUGGGGUGUGUCGUCCUGUCCAUUUUUGGGUACUAAAUGGCUGUCAAAGUGUACCAACUUGUCGGAAUAUAUCGUCAGCCAUCUACCUUUCAGGUUAGAGGCAUGAUUUAUGAUCUAUGAUAAACUUACAGGGAGCAAGGAAGCGAGGAAGCAGCAGACCACUUGAUGAUGUAAACAUUGGGAUAAGCUUGUGAUCACGGCGCCGCUAUGAGUAGUUUGUCUGCGUUAGCGUUUACAAUAACAAUAUCACUAAUACUUGGUUAAUAUUUAAGUCAUGAAAAGUAAAUGAAGUAUUGUUGGCGCUUUUUGAAUGGUUAUUUAUUGGAUUUUAUAGGCAGAAUAGUGGAGCUCCCUUUGGCACUGCUGUAAGCAGACUUUUAUUUACGUUUAUUUAAUAUUUCAAAUGCAUAAAAAAAUAAUCAAUCUGUCGUCAUGUCUUUCAAAAUGAUUGUGAACGAUAGGCAAAAUUCCAAAAAAAAAAGUGCAGUUCCCCUUUACAAUAAUUCUCCAUCCUACGUGUGUAUCAACAUACUUGGUCCGUCACAAAUAAAAAAUAUUAGACGUAUCGUCUAUUCAGCAAUAUCCUUUUGUAAUUUUAUAAAUGCUGGAUGACUUAAAUGGCGGAUUAAAACAAAUUCAAUUGAUUUGUUUUGGUAUCUCCUGGCGUUUUCUUAAAAUGGCGUUUAUUCAUUACUGAAAAAACUUAUUGUAACAUGUAUUUUUUUGCAUCUGGGCGAUUCCAGAUGCACCAUCACAACACCGGAGCGCCCCCUAGAAUGCACUUUUGGUGUGCUACAAAUAGGUUUUGUUGUCAAGAUUGCACUUCCGUAUUGCCCAGAAAAGGAGACGCACAUUAUAUUUAUGUGCUGCAUGUUCAACAACAUAACAAAACAGCACAGGUUGGCCAUAUAAUGCCAUGAAUGUUGAGGGAAAUGAGUGUCUCCAUGGAGACAGCAGGUAGUACACCCAAAAUUUUCAUUUACCGAAUUUUCCGGACAAUAGAGUGCACCAUUAUAUAAGCCGCACCCAAUAAAAUUUCAGUAGAAAAAUAUAGGUUUCCAUAUGUUAGCCGCACCGGGCUAUAAGUCACAGAUAUUAAUGUUAUAAUAUGAGUUAUUUACACAGAAAUAUUUUGUAAAUGUUUAUUUACAUACCGUAUUUUUUGGACUGUAAGUCGCAGUUUUUUUCAUAGUUUGGCCGGGGUUGCGACUUAUACUCAGGAGCGACUUAUGUGUGAAAUUGUUAACACAUUACCGUAAAAUAUUAAAUAAUAUUAUUUAGUUAAUUCACGUAAGAGACUAGACAUAUAAGAUUUCUUGGGAUUUAGCGAUUAGGAGUGACAGAUUGUUUGGUAAACGUAUAGCAUGUUCUAUAUGUUAUAGUUCCUUGAAUGACUCUUACCAUAAUAUGUUACGUUAACAUACCAGGCACGUUCUCAGUUGGUUAUUUAUGCGUCAUAUAACGUACACUUAUUCAGCCUUUAUUUAUUUUAAAUUGCCUUUCAAAUGUCUAUUCUUGGUGUUGAGUUUUAUCAAAUAAAUGUCCCCAAAAAAUGCGACUUAUACUCCAGUGUGACUUAUAUAUGUUUUUUUCCUUCUUUAUUAUGCAUUUUCGGCCGGUGCGACUUAUACUCCGGAGCGAUUUAUACUCCGAAAAAUACGGUACCUUAAUUGUUUCUAAACUGUGCCUGUAACACAGCAGUGAAAUGGAUGAUCAAACAAAAUAGAAGUCAUCAUAAUGGAUCCACUCGCUACGGAAGCUAGCUCUCCAAUCAUUUAAACAGACUCAAUAACUCCACAAUAAUGUUUUGGUGAAUUUACUGAAGAAUUGGAAGCUGAAACAAUACAAAAAAAUGUCAUCGUAAGUUAAUAAUACUAACAAAGACGCUAACAACGCUAGCUUGAUUACUUAACAAUAGCACAUACAAAUAUUCAUAAAAAUACUAUUAUUAAACAUAUGACGGGUCCCUGGGUAAUUGGGGCGCAGACAACCAACAGGACAGACUAAGUUCAACAGCCCAGUAAGGCAAUUAGUCUAGGAGAAGGAUCUCUGAUAUAAAAUACCCUUUCCAACCCGCACCAAGCCAGCGUGGAAGGUGUAGGCUAAUAACCAGCAUGAAGAGUGCGCCAAGAAGACGGCCCCCAGUCCCCAGCAAUUCCAGAGCUCCAGACCAAGAUGGCGGUUCGUUAAGGCGAGGAACAGGGGGUGCUAAGAUCGUUCACUAUGGCAGAAACAUGCUGAGGCUUUCGUCCAGCAGUGGACUGACAACGGCUGAUGAUGAUGAUGACGGUUUAAUAAGUAUGAAUUUGUUUUAGCUAUAUUGUAAAACGUACAAUCGUUACUUGGAGGGAUGAAUGAAAAACCACACGAGUAAAAACACUAUGGGAGACGAGUAGACGGAAAGACACUUCCGGUUCAAGGCAAGAAACAGAAGGAAAUACUGUAGUGAGCGUAGUAAGUGCAGUGAGCGAACUUGUCCAAAAGAUGGCACCAUAGCACAAACAAUAACACACCAUUUCAGUGUCUCUGUGGGUGUUUUAAGAAAACUAUUUAUCAAACACAACACAUUACGGCCGUUAUCGAAGAAAAAUCAGUUUUGUAAGCCGCAGGGUUCAAAGCGUAGGACAUACGAUAAAUAGGGUGGUCUGCACCAUGUCUGCACUAGUUGACAAUUUUGCAUGAAGUCUUAGUAUCUCACCCGCAUCACACUAAUAGUUCACGCAAUUUAGUUCUUUGCUCUUAGUAGAUCAGGCCCUAAGUUAAUGCUCAGCUACUACUACUGGGUUAUACAGUAGUAGAAUCAAAUGAUCCAGAAAAACACACAUUCAUUUCAGUUCAAUUCCACCUAUUAGUUUCUUCCUCCUCCCUGAGUUAAUCAAUGCGUCGGCCGUGAGUGACGUUCCCCAAGUAUUGUUCCCGAAAAAGGGAUGAAUCUUUUAUGUGGCCAACGGCAGAGAGAAUCUUUAAAUGAGCUCAGAUUUGACUGAGUGGUUUUGUAUUCGUCAAUAAUGAAUGUGGCUAAAUGGAUGUAGGUGUUCGUAAGUGGUGUGUAUCACUUGGCCCUUAGCACAUGUUGCUGGACUCUACGUGUCUGCCGGGGCCUGGCUCCGCACAUUUCAGUCAACCAGAAGGUCAAAUGGUGUAACGCGGCGUUCAGAACCACACGGGAUCAAGCGUAUUUCCAAGUAUUUCUCUGGACGGUGGACGCUUUCAGGCUUUGGGAGGCCUGCUUACAGGGUUUUCUUUUUGCAUGUAUUUGCACUAGUUUGAAAACAAAAAUAAAAGUAUUUUCAAGCAAAAUAAACUGUCCCGUUUCUUUCAACUCUACAAAAUACUUGUCAUUUGCAGCAUUUGGACUAGAUAGAUAGAUAGAUAGAUAGAUAGAUAGAUAGAUAGAUAGAUAGAUAGAUAGAUAGAUAGAUAGAUAGAUAGAUAGAUAGAUAGAUAGAUAGAUAGAUAGAUAGAUAGAUAGAUAGAUAGAUAGAUAGAUAGAUAGAUAGUACUUUAUUGAUUCCUUCAGGAGAGUUCCCUCAGGAAAAUGUAAAAAUUAUCAUUUUAGCGCAGGGGCCGCAUGGAGGAAAAUCUGUGCACACUCUAGCCGGACUAUUAAAAUCAUGGCAUUAAAACAAAAAAAUGAAGACAACUUAAGAUUGUUUUCUUUGACUUACUUUGGCCAAAAAUAAAACAAACAUAUUCUGAAAAUAUUUCAAUAAAAAUAUAGAAAAAACUACCGGCAGCGGUAAAGUUUAGAUCAAUGAAGGAAAGUAGAAAGUGAAUGAAUGUUUAUAACUGAAUAAAUUUACAUAUGCAUAAAAAUGUGUUUUCUUUUGUAUUAUUUUUUUUAAUGAACUAAGUAACGUUUAUGACAACCUUUUUCAAAACACAACAUAGAAUGUGAGAUAUAACAGGAUAAUGCAUACAUUUAUCAUUUGGUUUCAAAACGGUUACAAAAAAGUUGGACCCCAAAAAUUUACUGUUGGACCCCAUUUUUAUGACCUGAUGGGAUCCUUGGGACCCCAUUUUGAAAAUUCUUAGCACCAACACUGAUGAAGUAUUGCUGUGUGCGAAACAGCAGCAGGCGGCUGUGGCCUGCGGGCCGGUUCUAAUACUAAUCAAAUAUCAUCCCAGAAGCCAUAGAUCCGGCCCGCGGGCCUUGACUUUCGAUUAGACCAGGGGUGGGCAAUUAAUUUUCACCGGGGGCCGCAUAAGCAACCCGAGCACUGCUGGAGGGCCACACAACAAUAUUUCAAUUAAAUUUUGCUCAAUAUUAUUUUUGAUAUACCGUAAGAUAAAUAAUAAUGAUGAUAAUAAUAAUAAUAAUUAAUAAUAAUAAUAAUUUAAUUUAACCUAACUUAACUUUAUACAAAAGCAGAUUGCUUUUGAUGGUCACUUUAUCCUGCAUUAUCCAACAUUUUUCCCCGUCAGAUUUGGACAACCAUCCGUUGUUAAAAAUAGUUUUUAAUCAUAUUUAUUUUAUAUUGUUUUUUAUAUUGGUUUUAUAUGUAAUUGUUUUUUCUUUUUAUUCAGUCAUUGG